AUGCGGCUUGAGUGGAACAUUCCCCGCCGGCACGAAAUGCAGCGUCGAAAACUCCAAAGACUCAAAUGGCAACCUCCAAGCGUUGACAAACGUCACAUUUGGCGGUUAUCCCGCCCCUUUCAAAUUUCGCAUCGGCAUCGACCCAAACAGCUGCGACACCUUGCCCAAAGAGAAGGUCACUACUGGGUGGGAGGGAUGGGGAGCAUAUCUUUUUGA